AUGCCAAAGGUAUUUUUUGACAGUGAGGACGAAGAGUAUAUACCAGUUCUGACAUUCCAACAACGUUUUUCAAACUAUUCAGAGUUAGACGAUGAAGAAGAUGACGAAGUUGAAAACAGUAAUAAGAAGGGCUACAAACAAAAAAACAUACCUAAAUUGCCACCACUACCUUUAGAUUUUGAACUAUUG